AAAACAAAAACUAUCCAAAAACUAGAAAAACCCUUUAAAAUGUAUUUUUAGCAAGCCACUUGCUCCCCCCAAUCUAAAAGCUAAGAAUAUCACUAUAGCACAAGGCUCAAAAUCAGAAACAGAUUUCCAGGCUUUGUCCUAUUCCACCUACCUGAUGUUUCUAGCAAUGUAUUUUGAAAGUGUCUUGAUUUGUAACUUUACUUUUUCUCUUACUAUAAAAGAUCCUUGAAACUGGGCAUGAUGACCUAUGUCUAUAAUCUCAAAACGUGGGAGGCAGAGGCAGGUGUACAUUCCAGGUCAGCCUGGUCUACAUAGAAAGUUCCAGGACAGCCAGAGUUACAUAAUAGAGAGGCCUUGUUUCAAAUAAAACAAAACAAACAAACAAACAAAAGCCCGUAUGAAAUUGUUACCACAUUGAAACAUAGGAUUGGAAGUGACCUGAGUCUGUGUUCCUGGGUCACAAUUACUCAUACUGGGUUCCACAAUAAACUAUCCUUUUUUCCUUUCGAUGUUGUAGCUGGCUUUUGUUGUUGUUGACAUAGGAAAUAAUUCAUGGACAUACUUUACUUAGGUUUACCCACUUAUAAAGAAUUCAGAUGUACAGUUAGAUGAAAGGAUAUACUGGCAAGGUAUAGGGGCAGGGCUAACUUGAAAAAAGUAAACCCAAGUGCUGGGCUUGGUGGUGCAGGGUUGCAAUCCUAGUACUUGGAAAGUCAAAAUAGGAGGAUUAGUAGUGAUGACACCCUGGACUAUAUGAGAUGACCCUGUUUUAAAAAGAGAACAAAAAUUAGAACAACAUGAAAGAUCAUUAAAUUUUUCUUUUUUAUUCAAAAUAGAUUUUUUCUUUCAUAUAAUAUGUUCUGACCACAGUCUAUCCUCUUCCCUAGAUACAUUCCUCCUUAUUGCACGAAUUCUAAUUGAUCUUAAUACUAAAAAUCCAGUGUCAGAUAUCGAGGUAAAUACUGAAAGAUCAGAGAGACAAAGGAGCAAGCCAGAGUUAAUUCUUUCCUUGCAACUCCUCAGCCGAACAGGGACUGAGCUCCUGUUUCCUCCCGCCUUAUAUUUCUCUCCCUGCCCAGACCUCUAGACCUCUAUGGUUAACUAGUGGCUAGCCCUACCCUCUGAUCUUCAGGGAAACUUUAUUUGUUAGAGCACAAACAAAAUAUCACCACAUCUCUUCUGUUUCCUCUUCAGAAAAGAGUGGGCCUACAAGAGAGACAAACACAACAAAACAUGAUACAAGAAGGCAAGGCAAAAGCCCUCAUAUCCAGGCUGGACAAGACAACCCAACAGGAAGAAAAGAGUCCCAGAAACAGACAAUGAGUCAAAGAUACAGCCACUGUCACUGCUAAGAGUCUCACAAAAACACCAAGCUUACAGCCACAACAUAUAUGCAGAGGACCUGGUGCAGAUCCAUGCACGUCUGCGCUUGCUCCUUCUGUCUCUUUGAGUCCCUUAUCCAAGUGUUUUACAGAGUUUAGUCUCUAGCCACUCAAAGCUUCUUGAAGGUUGUUAGAUGGGACUGAAAAUUCAACCCUCAUCCUUCUGUGAUGAUUCAUGUUUAUCACCCUAGCGUGGAGAAGCUGAGAGUUCAAGGCCAUUCUGGGCUGCACAGUAAGUGCCAGGCCAGCCUGGGUUAAAGUAAGACACUGGCUUCCCAUUCUUUGCCCUCCCUCUAAGAAAGACAAAGUCUGAGCUCUCUGAUUUUCUGAUGACUUUAGUUUCGGGUGCUGGGCCUUAUCUGGAGCCCGUCUCUGGCUCCAGCCUGAGCUAUCUAGUUAGAAUAAAAUCAGUUAUGAUUUUAAAGAAGAGGGGGAGGAGCUAUCAUUCAUAUAAAAGAUACUCUUUACCCUCAAUAAAUGAUUUUAGGAACUUGGGGACAAGCACUUGAGACUACAGGGUACAACCCUGUCUCAGAAACCAAGGACAGAGAAAGAAACUAAGAAAUUUAAACUAAGCCCGCCUGGUGGCUCAUGCCUAUAUCUGUAGCAUCUGGGAGGCUGAGGAAGAAGGAUCGCAAGUUUAAGGCUGAACAGUGAGACCCUGUCUCAAAACCAAAACCAGAACAAAACUGAAAAAGCUCUGAACUCCAGGCCUAACAUAUUCUCCCCAGUGCCCGUGUAGUCAGUGUGCUGGUGGAUAUGGACAGGUGGUUCAAGACCUGGCUUUCUUCUUCAUCUCUAGUGAUGCUGUGAACACUUGUCCCUUAGAUCCCUCGGUGUUGAGAGUUUAGGUUUAACAAUGAGUCUCGACUGUUUCUGUUCUCAGAGCUCAUAGGUCAGCUGAUGGGAUGAAUGCAGAAAAGCACAGAUGUGUGUGUGUUGUGUUGUGUGUGUGUGUGUAUGUCUUUUUCUUUUUGUGUUUUGUUUUUCUUCUUGUUUUUCCAAGAUGGGGGAUGGAGCCCUCUUUUUGACUUAAGCUUACGCUUGGGCCUGUUUGUCUUUGUUACGAUUUUUCCAAUAAUAGUGAAUAAUUAUGGCACAGCGGGUGGGUUUUAUCUGCAUUUUUCAGAAAUUAACAAUAAAUUGUAAAGAGAACCAGCAAAAGGGAGGGAGUGUAAGAGGGGAACAUAUGGCGAAAAGUAUAAUAAUACAAAACUCAAUAUCUUAUAUGCUAAGCUAAAAAUUAAUUUACAAAAAAUAAAUCGCAAGUACCAUAUGGAAUCAUUUAAUGAAACUCUGUCUCAAAAACUAACACAGUGGUGGGUGUGAUGCUAUUACACCUUUACACCUUUAAUCUCAGCACUUGGGAGCCAGCUGGUCUACACAGCAAGUUCCAGGCCAGCCAGGGCUUCAUGAGGUUACAGUUCCAAGUAUCAGGGCAUGGAGUUAGGAGGUAGAGAGAGGAGGAUUGCCUCGAAAUAAAGGAAGCCAACUGGUCUACACAGGGAGUUCUAGGCAAGUCAGGGUUACACAAGAGGAUGGAGCUCCAAAUGAAGCAAACAAGCAAAGAAAAAUAAAAGCAGGUUACAAGGCAAAGGUUAUAGUUCAGUGAUUGAGCAUCUGCCCUGGCAGGUUACCAUCCCAAGCACCACAACCCCUAAUCAUUUAUUCACAUGUACACGCAUACCCGCAUAAAAAGGGAGGGAGGGAGGAGGGGAGGGCAUAAGAGCUGGGGAGGAAAGCUGGGAGGAGCUGAAGAGAAAGAGAAAGGUAAGAAUGAAGUUAGGCAGACUCAUGCCUACAGGUCAAGGUACUUGGUACAAAGAGGCUGAGAAAUCUCCCUCUUUCUCUCUCAGACAGGAGCUCACUAUGUAGCCCUUGCUGGCGUUGCAAUUUGGAUGACAGACAUGAGCCACUACACUCAUCUUCAACUACAACGCCCUCUUUUAAAAAAGAAAUUAAGGACUGCAGAUAUUACUCAGUCGCUAAAGGCAACAAAAUAAAAAAGAAAAUUAAAAAUGUAAAUAUUUUCUGCUGGGUGUAGUAUCUGUAAUCCCAGAAUUUAGGAGACAGAGACAGGAGAAUCAAGAUUUCUGGGCCACCCUCAGCUACACGGGUUAGUUCAAGGACUAACAAAACAAACAAAAUUCUCAGUAUACCUUUAAUCCCAGUACUCAGGAGGCAGAGGCAGGCAGAACUUUGAAAGUUCAAGGCCAGCCUGGUCUACAAAUCAAGUCCCCGGCCAGACAGCUAGGACUACACAGUGAGAUUCUUAAGAAACACAGGAAAAGUAAAAAUUCUCAACUGGAUUUGUUGGUGCAGACCUGUAAUCCUAUCUACCAAGGGAAAAGAAUCACAAAUCCAAGGCCCACUUGGCGACAGAGAGAGGUCAAGACCAGCCUUGGCGUGUUAGUGAGCUCCUGCCUCAGAGCGCAAGAGGGAGCGGAGGAGUAACUCAACGAUAAAGCGCUUGGCUGGCAUGCGGAAAGCCCGUACUCCAACACGCAGAACACAAGACAAGGCCUGUGGACUCUGCAUUAUUCUUAGGACACUGAGGUGAGAAAACCAAUGAUCUCUGUCUAGUAAGCUGUAACCUUCUGAGUGCAGCAAAGGCAUCGAUCUUGCCUUUGCACCCCUAAAGUCUGUUUUAGGGUCUUCAGCACUUAAUAAAUGGCUGACUACAUCAUGAAUGAGCAGAAACAGAGAGAAGCAGCUUGUGGGCCUCCCCCUUCUGCACUCUCAAACAUUAUUUGUCCCAGCUCUCCUGGAGCACAUGAUGGCUCAUGGUCACCACCUAUGCAUACCCGUGAAUAAACCUGUGGGGUGUCGCCUGGCUUCCCCCAGGCUGGAACCAGGGCACCAGCCCGAAAGGGAAGCAGGUGAGAGACAUUCUGUACCAGGACUUUUGCCCUGUCUGGGUCGGAGCCACUUGGCUCCAGGCUCCCUCACCACGCCUGGGAAUCAAGCUGGAGGAUGUGUCCUUGAAGUUACUGCAGUGCUAAAGAAUUCAGUGAAGAGUAGGCGAGAAUCUGAAUAUUGAGAAGUGGCCAUGGGGGCCUUUAGCAAAUUUACUGAAGAAAGUGAGAAGCCCCAAGACUAGAGUCACUUGUUCAGCCCCCAAGCGAUUACCCAGGACUUCCUGGAGAUACAGUGAGGAGGAGCCAUCCACCUUAAUGGAGCGGACAGAGCAGUGGGGGAAAAAGAGCAACCAAACGAGACGUGACUGGGUCACUUCAGCCAUACUUACAUUUUCAAUUCAGCUCCGCAGCAAUGAAGUGACAUCUCAAUAUGUUGCAUGAAUAAUAAAAACCCAGAGAAAAAUAUUGAGGUUCAAGCUGAAGAUCAGAAAAGCAAAGCAGCCAACCCUAGAGAUACCCUUUACCUUUACCAAAUCUUCAGGCCAAAAGGGUAAGAUCUUGUUUCCACGAAUCCUCAGACCCCACACUCCACUGAGUUCCUGUCUCUUCCUUUUAUAUUCCUCUCUCUGCUCAGCCAAAUGGCUCCUGUCUCCAUCUCCCUAGUGCUGGGAUUAAACGUGUGUGACUCCCAAACCCUGGGAUUAAAGGUGUGAGUCACCACCACCUGGAUCUGUUUCUGGAUCAAUCUCGUGUAGCCCAGGAUAGCCUGAUCUCUUAGAGAUCUGUCUACUGCCUCUGCCUCCUGAGUCCUGGGAUUAAAAGUGUCUGUAUUUCAACUAGUGUGGCUGCUUUGCCCUCUGAUCUUCAGGCAAGAUUUAUUUAUUAAGACACAAACAAUAUACCACUUUACCAAUAUCGUGACCUUCCAAAACUAAGGAAACAUGCAUUGUAUUUGCAUUGUAUUUUAACAGUUCGAGGGACUGAACCUAGAACCCUGUGUAUGCUAUGCUAGCCAAACACUAAGUAGUUAAGGCAGGCCUUGAACUUGAGGCCUUUCUCCCUUACCCUUCUAAGUAGCUGGGAGUGCAGGCCUGUGUCACCAGGUAGGCUGCAUGUAUUUUAUAGCCAGAAUAAGGAGAGAUGAGCAGGGAUGGGAGUAGGGAGAGAUUAUAGCCUGAAGGAGCAAGUUGCCAAGGAGUGGAGCAGAAAGCUGCAGAUGGGCAGGGGCUGGAUUUCCUAAGGCAACUUCUGGGAGCCAUUAAAUAGUAACUCAAGGAAGCAGAGAGGAUAGUGAUUUAGGUUGUGUUCUAGCUUUGCUCCUAACCUCAGUUAUUUCUUGUGCCUUAGUUUGCUUGCCUGAAAACAACAACAACAACAAAAACAAGUGGAAGGAACGGGGUGGACUCACUGAUUCUGAAAGUGUGAUUUUCGAAAAGUGCUCCGCUGGAAGAAAUCCUCAAACCACUUGUAAACCGUGGCACAGUUAAUGCUGGUUCUGGGCCCCUGAAAGAUUUAGUUCAAGCAACAAGUAGGUUAACCACAGGUCACUUUUGCAAGGUAGAGAGGGAAGCUCACUUUAUUGAGCUGGCUUGUUUGGAGACUUAAAUACAGAUUUCUCAGGCGGUCAGAGUUUAGUUUCCGGGUGGUGAUAUGGAACUUACCAGAGGGGCUUCUGUUUGGUCUCUGCCUGUUUUGUUCAUAGUAGUUUGAAACAUUGGCCUGCAGCUUUCAUGUUCUCUCUCUACUCUUUUGUGGGGGAUAGAACGCUGUGCUAGGAAGCAUCCUACCACGGAGUCAUCGUAGGAUGCACUGAGUUUAAUUUUCACAUUAGACCCCUGUGAACAUUUAUUAUGAGCCAGGGUUGCACUAGGUACUUUUGUGAAAAAUAAAAAUCCCUUUUGGACAGAUAUAAAAGCUGAGGCCUCACUAGAUCACCAACACCUAAGUGUGUCCCCUCUGCUGGGAACGGCCACUCUGGUUGCCCAUUACAGGUGUGCCAAGUACUGAAUUUGUCUUUUGCUCAGUGACAGUAGGAAUCGGCACGUACUAACUGGCUAACUCCAGAGCUCGUGAUUCUGGUUUCCCUACUUAUAGCCAGGGACAACUUUUUACUCCAUAAACAGGAGUCCCCCUCGGUCUUUUCUGGGUGAGGAAUGCGCUUUUUAUAGUUUGGGAUAUGUUUACUUAGUCUCUGCCAGCACCGGUUAUUUCAGCCUAGUUUCGUCCUUCACUGUCCUCACAGGCUGUAUUCCUACGUUUCCUCCCUGCAAAACACAACUAACUCAAGAACACAUGCUGUUUGUGUGCGUGUGCCAGCCAAGAAAUUUCACUCCCCUCCGUCUCCAAGGCUGCCUACCUUUCUAUAAAUAAUUGUUCUCUUCCCUCCCUUUAGACCUCGGAGUAGUUUGGCCGUAUUAACGCACGCGCGCUGGCACACACACUUUCGGGGGCGGGGGUGUGGGCAUGAGUGACCUUGUGAAGGUACUAGCCCACUGGGGACAGGAUUAGCAAACCUGAAACCUCUGCAAAUAUUUGGCUUCCUCCCGCAUUCUUCCCGAGGCUUCUGGCUGUCUCGUGCCUGCCUCACCUAGUACCCUUUGCGCUCGCUCCGCCACACAAAGCCCGAGCCGCCUAUCUCCUCUUCGCAAACCCUGAGAACUUCAUUCCGCACGUUAAAACUCGUCGGUGGCGGUGGCGGGCAGGACUGGGCAUGCUCAGUGGCGGGGACAGGUCUGGGAGGCGAGGAAGCCGCAUUUGAAGUGGCUCGGCCUCGGGAUGAGGGGGAGGCGGGUGCCCCGGCUGGGGUCCGUGGAGGUUCCCGGUGCAGCACGCGAGGCCGACAUGCUGCGGGCGGGAGCAGCCAGCCCGGCGCGCGGAAGCCAGGUCGCCGAAGACACGGGGGCGCCGGCGGGGGGAGGGGAGGAGCGCCCGGGCCGCCAGCCCCCGGCCGCGGCGCUAAGGCUGCCGGAUAACAAGACGCAGGGAGGGUCGGACGCCGGGAGAACGCCCGACAGUGACCGCCAGCGAGGCUGCCUGAACCGGAGCCCGCGCAGCGCCCCGCCAGCCCCGGGCAUGGGCGAGCGCGGCGCGCAGCACGAGCGCGCGGCCCUGCAGUCCCCGGUGGCCCCCGAGGGCGCCGCGGCCACCGUGAACGGGCUGCUGCACAACGGCUUCCACCCGCCGCCCGCCUGCAGCCGCGACCCGCUGCCUGCACGCUUCCAGCUCUCGUCCGAGCUGCAGCCUCAGCCGCAGCAGCCGCCACUGUUCUCCCAACAUGAUUCUCCGGCCAAGAAAUGCCGGCUGCGGAGAAGGAUGGACUCCGGGAGGAAGAACAGGCCGCCAUUCCCAUGGUUUGGUAUGGAUAUUGGCGGAACCCUGGUUAAGCUGGUCUACUUUGAACCAAAGGAUAUCACGGCAGAAGAAGAACAGGAAGAAGUGGAGAACCUGAAGAGCAUCCGGAAGUAUCUGACUUCUAACACUGCCUAUGGCAAAACUGGAAUCCGAGACGUCCACCUGGAGCUGAAAAACCUGACCAUGUGCGGGCGCAAAGGGAACCUGCACUUCAUUCGCUUCCCCACCUGUGCCAUGCACAUGUUCAUCCAGAUGGGCAGUGAGAAGAACUUCUCCAGCCUCCACACCACCCUCUGUGCCACGGGAGGCGGGGCCUUCAAGUUUGAAGAGGACUUCAGAAUGAUUGCGGACCUGCAGCUGCACAAACUGGACGAACUGGACUGUUUGAUUCAGGGCCUGCUUUACGUUGACUCGGUCGGCUUCAACGGCAAGCCGGAAUGUUACUAUUUUGAGAACCCCACAAAUCCCGAGUUGUGUCAAAAGAAGCCAUACUGCCUUGAUAACCCAUACCCCAUGUUGCUGGUUAACAUGGGCUCAGGUGUCAGCAUUUUAGCAGUGUACUCCAAGGACAACUACAAAAGAGUUACUGGGACCAGUCUUGGAGGCGGGACAUUCCUAGGCCUGUGUUGCUUGCUGACUGGUUGUGAGACCUUUGAAGAAGCUCUGGAGAUGGCAGCUAAAGGCGACAGCACCAAUGUUGAUAAGCUGGUGAAGGACAUUUACGGAGGAGACUAUGAACGAUUUGGCCUUCAAGGAUCUGCUGUAGCAUCAAGCUUUGGCAACAUGAUGAGUAAAGAAAAGAGAGAGUCUAUCAGCAAGGAGGACCUCGCCCGCGCCACGCUGGUCACCAUCACCAACAACAUCGGCUCCAUUGCUCGGAUGUGUGCGCUGAACGAGAAUAUUGACAAAGUUGUAUUUGUUGGGAACUUUCUCAGAAUCAAUAUGGUCUCGAUGAAGCUGCUAGCAUAUGCCAUGGACUUUUGGUCUAAGGGGCAACUGAAAGCACUGUUUUUGGAACAUGAGGGUUAUUUUGGAGCAGUUGGGGCCCUGUUGGAACUGUUCAAAAUGACGGAUGCGCAGUAGAUGAAGCGGCCUCCGGUGAGGACAGAGGACUGACAGACACUGCCAGAGAAGGUGACGUCUUCUUGGGACAGAAGCCAAGCCACUGUGGUGGAUGAACCUGCUGUAUUUGUAAAUAACUGAAAAUUUUUUGCUCUUAGGUUUCAAGCUUAUGAUACAAAAAUGGGGAAUAUAAUAAUUUUUUUCCGUAUACUGUAUUUUUUAAAAAAAAAAAAUUGUGCAGCGUGGCCAAAGUUACCAAUUUCAUGCAUUAACUUUGAAAAGUUGUGUGAUGCUUAAGAGGGGCCUGAACUGAAAGCGCUGUCCAUUUUUCUUCUGGGGUUUACUGAUCAGUGUGGUAAUUUUAACUUCGUUUAGUAAUUACUCUAGGAGAGUCUACCUUUACUUAUAUUUUUUCAUGACGUUUCAUGAUUUGCUCUUGGUUUCAAAUGAAACUACGAAUCUGGCAUGUUGCACUGUGAACACUUUGUUUGUUUACUCUCUCGCUCUCUUUUUAUUCUUUCUGUUUCAGUGUCUUAGGACAAAAAGAAGUCCUUCCGUUUUUUUUUUUUUUUUUUUUUUUUUUUUUGUCCCCUGUGAUCUCCCUCUUAUCGAUACGCUUUCCUUGUUGUAAUUGCUCGUGUCAAUCAAGGUGCUGACCAACUCAACACAAAGUUAGACACAUAAUCUAAAGUUCUAAAACUGUGACCACAGUGAGAAGACUUUAAAGGGAAGGGUGGAUGAAAGUGGCAGACACUGAACAUGACAUGCAAUUUCAUCUUUGUCUCCUUACCCCUCAUAACUAUAACGUUUCGUUGGAUUUACUCUACACUAAGUUGAAGUAGUCUGUCAUCAGACAUCCUCAUUCACGGAUGGCGUAUGAAUGGCACCAGUUUGGAGGGGCUCCCAUAGCUCAUCUGGUCACGCUAGAUUUAGGGAGGUUGUGAGUUGGGGUGUCAGAAAUGAGUGUUUGGUUCGUGUUUUUACCUAGGAGCCCUGUAACAAGAAGACAGCAUGAGGAAUAAUGUUAAAGGUUUUUUUUUUAAUUUUUGUUUUAGUAUUUAAACCGAGAUUUGUACUUUAUUUCAUUUCUAAAAUUUAAAUAUAAUUUAUGAUACUCACAUAUGCAGACAUUUCCUUCUGAAAGAUUUUUCAUUAAGAUAGAUGGGGGGGGGUCACUUUCAAAUGAGGGUGUUGUACACACAGUAUCACACAAGAUCUGACUGUCUUCUGGAUUGAGGGUACCCUUGCAAGGGCUUUUGAAAGGCAAUGCAGUUACUCCUUGGCCAGUCUUCACCUUUCUACCUUAUGAAGCGCCACCUUUCAUUUCCGUAUCCUCGAGUCUUGAAGAAGUUGAUGCUAAUGGAAGAAUGCACUUGUCUGGUUUAAAUAAAGCCCGUUUCUGUUGGGA